AUGGUUGUCAAGAGGGACACUGAGAGUGAUAAAAAUUGUAGAAGAAGAAGAACAAACAAGAAACGAAGGAAAAUUAAUGUUCUAAGUAGGAAACAAAGGGAAAGAUUGAAGUCCCAAGUAGCUACAAAGGAAAAGAUUGAUAUCCCAAGUAGGAAACAAAGGGAAAGAUUGAUGUCCCAAAUAUCAGGAUGGCCAUAUAAUACAGAUGAUAUAAACUUAACACACAAGUUUCCAUAUAUCACAACAAAUGAUUAUCAAUUGAACGGAGAAUGGCUGCUUUCCAGCACGUAUGUUUUAUCCGUGGUAGAGGACGGUCAGAGACGUCUUAAUUUCGUUAUGCAACUGGAAAGACUUUCUGCUUUCUACACCAUGAAUGUUAUCGUUCCUAUUCUGAUGACGUCACUCCUAACACCGAUGGUGUUCAAGCUUCCUUCAGAAUCUGGAGAACGGGUUUCCUUUAUCUUGACGGUCCUUCUUGCUUUAGAAGUCCUGUUGACUGUUGUGUCCGCAAACAUGCCAGCAACUUCACUUCAUACAUCAGUCAUGGAAGUUUACCUGGUGGUGGUAUUGAGUAUAUCAGCCCUGGCAGUGCUACUGACGUCUCUAGUGCUGAAGCUGUACCACAGAGGGGAUGACACAGAUCUUCCAAAAGCGAUCAGGAUAGUACUUCAUUCUCGAAAACAUUUACGAAGACAACAGCUUGUGAAAAGCACGAAUGAAGAGACGGGGCUUGAUAUGGGCAAAAUGAAAGCUAGAGAGUGUCAUGAAAACGAAGACGUCUCAUCGCAAGGUAUUCAAAAACUUAAAAACAAUUAUGUGUCAGAGGAAUUUGAUGGACUUGAGACUAUGAAGUCUCGUGGAAAGAUCACUUGUCAAGAAUUGAGUAUUCGUCUAGAUGAAAUUUUAUUUUGGGUGUUUUUGUGUCUCACUGUGGUGAGCACCUUUAUCUUUAUGUUAACCAUGGCGUUAGGAGGACCCUAG